AUGACCCAACAAGCCUUAUUAAAUACUUUAGUCACAGAUUUUUUAUUGAUUGUCAGUCUUUAUUCUGUUGUUCUGUUAUUUGUUAUUUUAGAUAAACUUGACAUCAAGUAUUCCAGGGGAAGUGGUCCAGGAGGUCAGAACGUCAACAAAGGUCUGUCUACUUUUCUAUCGCGAUAUAGCUCGAAAUGUGCUGAGUACGGUGUAAAACAAAACUCACUCACUCCCUCUGACUGGAUCCCUCACUGGAUCAGAGAGAGACUCCUGGAGAAGGAGGCUGGUAGGAUCACCAAGGGAGGCUAUCUGGUCGUGACCUCGGAUGCUACAAGGAAACAGAUGUUGAACCAGGCGGACUGCAUGGAGAAAAUACGUACAGUCAUCUUCGGGGCAGGUGAACUUCCUCGUGAGCUCACAGAGCAGGAGAGGACUGUGAGAGACAGAAGGUAUUAA